AAUAAAUGUCUCAGUGGUGGUCAAUGUCAAGUUAAUUCGUCCAAUAGUUUUGGUUUUAGCUGCGCAUGUCCAUGUCGCUUCUUUGGCUCAAGAUGUGAAAAACACAAAGGUAAAAAUCGAUUGUACGUCGUCAAUGUAACUCUCAAUGACUAGGUUUUAGUCAAUCUGCUACCUAGAGCCAUUGGAACCAAUCUGGAAUGAGAAUCGAACCUACCCUCAAACUUUAAUACCAUAUCAGAAGUGAAAAGCGCAAACUCCGAGAACUACGCCAGUAAUGCCCAAAAGUUAAUUGUCUCGACGACCGUGCACAGCUUGAAAAACUGUCGCCCCCCCCCCCCACUUUAUAAUGUAUAUAAUAUAAAUAUCAAAGUAAGUUAAAUUUUCUGUGGGAGCAAUUGCCCUCCCCAAUCCACCCCUCAUGUACGACCCUGCCAGUAACAAUUGUUUGAUCGUGAUAUCAAAUCAGAAGCAAUCUCGAGCAAUUGACUUGCGACAGAUUCACUGUGGUUACGAGACUGUGUAUCACUGGUCUCGGGGGCUAGCGGAAGCGAAAAUAUGAAGUAUACGGUUGACCAUGCAUCGUCAAAUAUCAUAUGGUUUCUCAAAUGCUAGGCUUGCUAGCCAAUCAGCCAUUGUUGCGAUAGAGUCUUCGAGUCAUAUUAUUAACCGCAUAAAUGUUUUUCUUCCAGUAUUUAAGUCAUGCAAAGAACUUUCCAAGUGUGAGCACCAGGAUGGAGAACAUUACCUGCAGUUACAAUUUCUCACUUGCAGGAAAUCAGUACUUGUAUACUGCGCUGAUAUGAAUACGACCGAGCCGAAAGAAUACAUUACAUUAAAUUCAGGUGAAGAGAAUAACUUUUCACACUUGGACAAUACAAUGUCACCGCAAGAAUUUAACCAUUAUGGAUCAACCACUAAAUUUUCCAAGGUAAGCGUUACAUGGAAUCAUGCAGAUGAUAGUCAAAUUUAGAAAUGGACAGUUGUAUUAGCUUUCUUAUUUACGCCAUGCGACAAACCUUCUGCGCAGUUUUUGGGUUGCAAACGGCACGUGUAGCAUAAAUGGCAACAAGCAAAGAAGUGAAUUUAGUGAGUAGAAACCAUAUCUAUGGUAGAAACACAGUACUAUUAUCCGAGUGCUAUUUACUUUACUAAAUCACUCCUUUACUUAUUAUCCUUUGUUGUUGCAGUUUGCCACCCAAAAAUGGCGGACAAGGCUGGUCCCAUGGCAAGGAAAAACUCGGCUAAUUCAUCAGUUUUCAUCAAACUCAAAUCAGGGCGGUUAUAAGAUAGGGCGGUGAAACGAGCAUUGUAUAUCUUAUAACCGCCCUGCUCAAACCUGCUUGCAUUUUUAUCUCACAUCUUGUAGCAAGUCUGCCAACAAGUCGUCAACAGGUUGUGUUCGCACUGCUUGUCCCAAGUUGUCAACAAGUUUGGAACAAUACGGUUUGUAACGUUCUUGUUAUAUCAUGAUUGUAUCAGACUUGUUAGACAAACCUUGUAACAAGUCUGAUAGCCAUCAAGUUUGUUACAAGUUGUUAACAGCUUGUUCCAAACUUGUUACAACUGGGAACAACAAUGCGAACACAACUUGUCGACGGCUUGUGAACAGAUUUGUAACAACUUAUUUGCAGACCUGUAACAACAUGUGUGUUUUUACGUGUGCACAGACAGUGUACAUGAUAGUGCCAAGCUAUUCUGAUUUCCGUCGUUGCAUGUCCUAUAAUUUCAUGUUGUCCAAUUCCUAUAUCUAGAUUCGUAUAACUGCAGAUCUUCAGAUUACUACAACAGAUCACCGCUUUGCUCGCCUAACUUGGAGUGAUACAAUGACGAUUUUUCAGAGGUAUGGCUCAGCGGGCGACUGCGUUACAAGCGAUUGUACUGCAAACAAGAUUGGUAACUUCAGAAUGGAUAUACGAGAUACUGGCCUGUAUUUUGUUACUCCUAUCAAAUGGUCCUACUUUGGCUGGCCCUCUGAAUGUGCAGAACAUCAACCAGUGAAUUACAAUGUUGACGUGGACAAGCAGGUAGUGUCUGGAAAAUGUGGUGCGAGGUGUGGCGGUUGUAAGGCACAAGACUUGUACUUAAAAAUAGAAGGGUGUUGAAGAUGGAGAACGAUUUCAGAAGAAUUUACUAGUCAAUUUUACAAAAAAGGCCCGUUUUUGCCUAAAGGCCCGUUCAAACCAGACCAACAUCAUUCGACAUUGUUGGAUGCAACAUUGUGUCUUUGAACACUACGUUAGGUUAUGUUAUCUGAUGUUGUAUGUUGCAUGCUGCCUUUAUAUACACUAUGUUAGGCUAUGUUGGCUGAUGUUCUAUGUACUUGCUGACUUAUAAACACUGUUAGGUUAUGUUAUCUGAUGUUGUAUGUUGCUGACUUUAAACACUAUGUUAGGCUAUGUUGGCUGAUGUUCUAUGUUGCUAACUUUGAACAUUAUCUCAGAUUAUGUUAGCUGAUGUUGUAUGUUGCUGACUUUGAACACUAUCUUAGGUUAUGUUAGCUGAUGUUCUAUGUUGCUGACUUUGAACAUGCACUAUCUUAGGUUAUGUUAGCUGAUGUUCUAUAUAUGUUGUUGAUUUUGAACACUAUCUUAGGUUAUGUUCGCUGAUGUUCUAUGUUGCUGACUUUCUCCAAAAUUCCCAUCGAAUAUCGUCCAACAUGGUUUGCACGGGCUUUAAAUUAGAUUGGAGUGUUUACGCUAUAGACGUUAAAGUCAGGCACAGUCUGUUUUGCGCAAGCUUACAUUGGCCAGCUGAUACAAACACUUUCGCCAAGUCUUGCAAAGCCUGAUGUGCUACUUUGAUCAUUUAUCAUAUUAUUUACACUUUAUUAUAUACACUAUGAUCGUGUUACCUUGAUCGUUAAGAUGGAAAAUAUAUUAUGUAAGUUGUCGCCACUUCGUUUAUGAAGCUCGUUAUUUGGACGCAAAAACAAUUAAAGCUGACACGUGCGAACGCACUGUAUACCGCAACUUUAACAACCUUGUCUAAGGAUUGACUAUAAAAUUGAAUGGGAGAACAAUUAGCAAUUAAUCAUAUUGCGGUACCCAAACGAAGUUUUGCAUCGUUUUAUAUUCGAUGUGUGAGUUUUUUGGUCUGUUAGUUUGUUCGAAAUCAUUCAAUAAGCCUUCAGUUGGUAUUUAUUCAAAAAUAGUUUUUGUCACUGCACUGUAGUAGUUUAGUACUACGUCUGAUUCCUCAGGAACUCCGACACAUUUAAAUGUCGAACAGAAAGACAUCGCCUGUAA